UGUUCUGUUUUGUGUUUGAUCACUUUGCUUUGAGAGAGAUUGGUAAGCGAUGCAUAGAUCGUUUACCGUGUUAUCCAAAAAUCUAAAGAGUAUUGCUUCUUCUUCUUCUUCAGAUGGCAUUUUCUCUUUCAAAUUCCAUUCUUCUUCUUCUUCAUCAUCUCCAAUUGGUUCUCCAACCAGAGUCCAGAAACUCAUUGCUUCUCAAUCAGAUCCUCUUCUCGCUAAAGAAAUCUUCGAUUACGCUUCUCUUCAACCUAACUUCCGCCACAAUUACUCCACCUAUCUCAUUCUCAUCCUCAAAUUUGGUCGCUCCAAACACUUCUCUCUCCUCGAUGAUCUUCUUCGUCGUCUCAAAUCCGAAUCAUCCCAACCCAUUACUCCCACUCUUUUUUCUUACUUAAUCAAAAUCUAUGGCGAAGCUAAUUUACCCGAUAAAGCCCUCAACACCUUCUACAUAAUGCUUCAAUUCAAUAUCAAGCCUUUAACCAAACACCUUAACCGCAUUCUCGACAUUCUCGUUUCUCACCGCAAUUACCUUCGACCCGCUUUUGAUCUCUUCAAGGAUGCUCACAAACAUGGGGUGUUCCCUGAUACUAAGUCAUACAACAUUCUCAUGCGUGCUUUCUGUCUUAAUGGUGAUAUCAGCAUUGCAUACACACUCUUCAACAAAAUGUUUAAGAGAGAUGUUGUUCCAGAUAUCCAAUCUUAUCGGAUUUUGAUGCAGGCUUUGUGUAGGAAGAGUCAGGUCAAUGGAGCUGUUGAUCUUUUCGAGGAUAUGUUGAAUAAAGGGUUUGUUCCUGAUUCUUUCACUUAUACCACUUUGUUGAAUAGUUUGUGUAGGAAGAAGAAACUUAGGGAAGCUUAUAAGCUUCUUUGUAGGAUGAAGGUUAAAGGGUGCAAUCCUGAUAUAGUUCAUUAUAAUACAGUUAUAUUAGGGUUUUGUAGAGAAGGGCGUGCUCACGAUGCUUGCAAGGUUAUCGAUGACAUGCAGGCUAAUGGGUGUUUACCUAAUUUAGUUUCUUAUAGGACUUUGGUAAAUGGUUUAUGUCAUUUGGGAAUGCUUGAUGAGGCAACUAAAUACGUGGAGGAAAUGCUUUCCAAAGGUUUUUCUCCACAUUUUGCUGUCAUCCAUGCAUUAGUGAAGGGGUUCUGCAAUGUUGGUAGGAUUGAGGAAGCCUGUGGAGUUCUCACUAAAUCGCUAGAGCAUAGGGAAGCUCCUCAUAAGGAUACUUGGAUGAUCAUAGUACCUCAAAUAUGUGAAGUGGAUGAUGGUGUGAAAAUUGAUGGUGUUUUGGAGGAAGUUCUUAAGAUUGAAAUCAAAGGCGAUACUAGAAUUGUGGAUGCAGGCAUUGGUUUGGAAGACUACUUGAUUAGGAAGAUACGAGCCAACAGAAAGGAAAAAAAGAGUAAAAUACGUAAACUUGGGUUGGAUUUCCUAGCUUCAACUUCCGUGAACAAGUGGUCCAUCGAUUUCGGCAAAGCGGAAGCAGUUGAAUAUGUUCGCACUCUCACCGACGUCGGAGCUAUGACUCGUCUUCUUCACGAAUGCAUUGCUCAUCAAAGAUCACUCGAUAUGCAACUCGACGAUCUCUUAUCUCAACGCACUGACCUCGAUCGUCACCUCAUUCAACUUCAACGUUCCUCCGAUGUUCUCGAAAUCGUCCAAUCUGAUUCCGAUUACAUGCUUUCCAAUGUCACUUCCACUUCUCAUCUCGCCGAUCAAGUCAGUCUUAAGGUUCGUGAGCUUGAUCUCGCCCAGUCGCGCGUUCGUUCCACGCUCCAUCGUAUUGAUGCCAUUGUUGAGCGUGGUAAUUGCCUUGACGGUGUUCUUCGUGCUCUUGAUACCGAAGAUUAUGAAUCUUGUGCUAGGUAUGUUCAAACUUUCCUUCAUAUUGAUGCACAGUUUAAGGAUUCUGGUUCUGAUCAGAUUCAGAUUCAGAGGGAGCGUUUGUUGGAAGUGAAGAAACAGCUUGAAGGUAUUGUCAGGAAGAAGCUUUCUUCCUCGGUGGAUCAGCGUGAUCAUCCUGCUAUUCUUAGGUUUGUUCGUCUUUACACUCCACUUGGUCUUGAAGAGGAGGGUUUGCAGGUGUAUGUUGGUUACUUGAAAAAAGUCAUUGGAAUGAGAUCUAGGAUGGAAUUUGAGCAAUUGGUGGAAUCAAUUUCCAUGGCCAAUGAACAAAGGAGUGUCAAUUUUGUUGCCUGUCUAACUUCUUUGUUUAAGGACAUUGUGUUGGCUAUUGAAGAAAACAGUGAGAUUUUGAGUGGUUUAUGUGGGGAGGAUGGUAUUGUGUAUGCAAUCUGUGAGCUUCAGGAGGAAUGUGAUUCCAGGGGUUCUGUUAUUUUGAACAAAUAUAUGGAGUACAGGAAGUUGGCUCAGUUAUCAUCUGAGAUAAAUGGCCGUAACAACAAUUUACUUGCUGUUGGAGGAGUUUCUGAAGGACCUGAUCCCAGAGAGGUUGAGUUGUACUUGGAAGAGAUUCUCUCCCUUAUGCAGCUAGGUGAGGAUUAUACUGAAUUCAUGAUUUCCAAGAUCAAAGCUCUCACUUCUGUUGAUCCCGAAUUGCUCCCUCGUGCUACCAAAUCUUUCAGAAGUGGUAGCUUCAGCAAAGUUGUGCAGGAUUUGACCGGGUUUUAUGUCAUUCUUGAGGGAUUUUUCAUGGUUGAGAAUGUUAGGAAGGCGAUAAGGAUUGAUGAACACGACCCUGAUAGCCUCACCACUUCUAUGGUGGAUGAUGUAUUCUAUGUCUUGCAAAGUUGCUUGCGAAGGGCUAUAUCCACUUCCAAUAUCAGUUCUGUUGUCGCGGUAUUGAGCGGUGCUAGUAGUUUGCUGAGCAAUGAAUAUCAUGAAGCAUUACAACAGAAAAUUAGAGAGCCAAACCUUGGUGCAAAGUUGUUCUUUGGCGGUGUUGGUGUGCAAAAGACAGGGACAGAUAUUGCAGCGGCUUUAAAUAACAUGGAUGUUAGCAGUGAAUAUGUUCUCAAGUUGAAACAUGAAAUUGAAGAACAGUGUGCUGAGGUGUUUCCCGCGCCAGCUGAUCGAGAAAAGGUAAAAUCUUGUUUGUCUGAGUUGGGAGAUAGCAGCAUUGCUUUCAAGCAAGCUUUAAAUUUUGGCAUUGAACAACUUGUAGCAACCAUUACACCACGGAUACGGCCACUAUUAGACAGUGUAGGAACAAUUAGCUAUGAGCUUUCGGAGGCUGAGUAUGCAGAUAAUGAGGUGAAUGACCCAUGGGUUCAGAGACUUCUCCAUGCUGUGGAAACAAAUGUGGCUUGGCUGCAGCCACUGAUGACUGCCAACAAUUAUGAUACUUUUGUUCAUUUGGUUAUUGACUUCAUUGUGAAAAGGCUUGAAGUCAUUAUGAUGCAGAAAAGAUUUAGUCAGCUUGGUGGUCUUCAGCUUGACAGAGAUGCUCGAGCUCUAGUUAGUCAUUUCAGCAUCAUGACACAGAGGACUGUUAGAGACAAGUUUGCCCGUCUCACUCAAAUGGCAACAAUUCUAAAUUUGGAAAAGGUUUCCGAGAUUCUAGAUUUCUGGGGUGAGAACUCUGGACCUAUGACCUGGAGAUUAACUCCAGCUGAGGUUAGGCGUGUAUUGGGUCUGCGAGUUGAUUUUAAACCAGAAGCAAUAGCUGCUCUGAAGUUGUAAUAUCAUCCAUCUAUAUGGUCUCUUCACUUUUUCUUUUUUCCGGUUUUCAUCUUAAUAUGUAUUACAUCUUCAGUUUUAUUGUUUGAGAAAGUAACAUAUAGUUUUGUGAUCGUAUUUGCAUUAUACUAGCUUCAAAAGCAAAUUAAUCCAUUAGUGUAAUCAGAUUUACCAUCCAAGCUAGUCCUAGUUUAUACGUGGACCAUCUUGUGUGAAACAAUCAUUCUUCUUCAUUACCUACUUAGCCAUUUUUUAA